CUCUUCCAACUCUCAGAAAAAGUCAGCAAAGCCAACGACCACAAAGACGGCAACAUGGUGGGCAUAAGCAGGUAAGACAGCAACAUGGUGGGCAUAAGCAGGUAAGACAGCAACAUGGUGGGCAUAAGCAGGUAAGACAGCAACAUGGUGGGCAUAAGCAGGUAAGACAGCAACAUGGUGGGCAUAAGCAGGUAAGACAGCAACAUGGUGGGCAUAAGCAGGUAAGACAGCAACAUGGUGGGCAUAAGCAGGUAAAACAGCAACAUGGUGGGCAUAAGCAGGUAAAACAGCAACAUGGUGGGCAUAAGCAGCCCCUUCAUGGACGAGCGUUUCAGACAAUCCCCCUUCAGCCAGCGCUCCAAGUCCUCCUCCCCCGCAGAGGCCAGCUCCUCUGCUAGGACAGCCCUCCACGACCCAGAGAAGGACACUGGAGAGCCGGGGGGGAACGGGAUGUCCCAGGGGAUACUGAGCAGUCAGCAGCUCUACCCCUGUCCUGUCUGUGGCAAGGUGUUUGGCAGACAGCAGACCCUGUCCAGACACCUGUCUCUACACACAGGUGAGUCCACUAACACACACACACUCCCUGUGUAUGUUGUGACGUGUCUUGUCAACGUUCCCUUGGCGUGUGUGUGACUGUGUGUGUAAUACCCUGUAAAAAGUAAAUAAGGUUUACUAGACUGGAUUACCCUCUCCUUUAAAGAGAUUACCACCAUGAUUAGUCUCAGUGGGAAAACUGCCCGCCUAAUUACCAAGCCAGAAGGCUGCUCUGCAUCCCAGUACACACACUGGACGCAAUGGACACACAAACACGGACAGACGCAAUAUUGGAUGC